GCGCCCGAUCAAGUUUUGGCAGGCAGGCCGUCACUUUGACGCAGCAACCAUUGCGCUGUUUUUCACGAAGACUUCUCCAAGAUGGCGGCCGUAUUUUAUACGCCGCGGCGGUCAAUGCGGGGUAUUUUCUUUAUGUAUGCCUAUGCGUCCCAACUUUUUCUCACCGGAGUGCGCAUGUGUGAGCAGACUCGACUCGAAGCUGGUGGUGUGACUGGAGCUGCGGCAGGAAAAUGCAGCGAGGGAGCGCAGCUCGACGGAGCGCCGCACGUUAUGACCACCAAGGUGCCGCCUUCUUCUUCUGCCCUCAUGCAUCGCGUCUUUGUUUACGGCUCCCUAAAGAGGGCGCAGCCAAACUACCCUCUCAUGACAGACAGCAAUAAUGGAAAGGCGGAGCUCCUCGCCACAGCUACAACCGUCCAGAAGUACCCACUGGUGAUCGCUACUCAGCACAACAUCCCCUUCCUCCUUAACCUCCCGGGACAAGGCCACAGAGUCCACGGAGAGCUCUACAGAGUGGAUGAAAAGAUGCUGAAAUACCUGGACUGGUUCGAGAACAUCCCCACCAUGUACCAGCGGACUGUAGUAGAGCUGGAAAUCAAUGAGCUGGAGGACGUGGUGGACGAGGAACUAUCGCCUGGGAACAUCACUGAGGCAUCUGUGUACAGCACCACCACCUACCAGCCGGACUGGCCCUCGCUGCCGGCGUACCAGAGCUACGACUCCAACGGAGACCACGGCCUGAAGUUUGUACUGAGGAAGGACCGCCACUAGCCUCGAUGUUAAUGACUUCCACCUCUGUGCAAAUGAGCACGCUGCCUUUAAACCCAGAUAAACAGGACCAAGAGCUCCAGCAGACGGACCCAAACUAAUCCUGAAGCUGAAAAUGACUGAAAAAAAAUCACUAAUGCAACUGAGGAAGUUCUCCAUUUAUAUUGAUUUAAGACAGAUUAAGCACUUUUCUACAGUUCUGUACACAGAUCUUUGAGUCAUACCUGUUCUUUGUUGUUGGCAGAUUAUCUUGCAAAGUUGUUUUGAGCAUUUAUUUGUCGAUAAAACUCCUGCAGUGGAUACAUGAAGUAAUCCUCAUAAAGAGCCUCAAUCUGUUCUAACAGAUGGACAUGAAGCUGAAAAUGACUGAAAAAAAAAAUCAUUAAUGCAACUGAGGAAGUUCUCCAUUCAUAUUGAUUUAAGACAGAUUAAGCAAUUUUCUACAGAUCUGUACACAAGUCUUUGAGUCAUACCUGUUUUUGUUGUUGAUUCAUAUAAGUCAGGUUAUCUUGCAAAGUUGUUUUGAGCAUUUGUUUGUCGAUAAAACUGACAGCGGAUACAUGAAGUGAUCCUAAUAUUGCCUUAAAUCCAGAAAAAAAGUGCCUCAAUUAUUCUAGCAGAUGGACACAAAUUAUCCUGAAGCUGAAAUUGCAUAAAAAUGUGACUAGUAAUAGUGUUUUUAAUGUUUUUCUGUGUGUUUUUAAACCAGAUUACACACUUUUCUAUAGUUCUGUACACAAGUCUUUCAGUCAUACCGGACAAGCAGGUGAAACAUAAACAUUUCAUUUUUUUGUGUGUGUGGAAUAUGUUGGGUUGGUCUGGUCUGGAUUUCAUGUCAAUGGCCCCUUUAGAAAUAUUCAACCCAAGAAUGAUGGGCAGUACUUGUUUUAACUGCCUGGUUUCACAAAGUGACUCUAUGUUGCCUUUAAAUCCAAAGAAAACUCACAAUGUAGUCCAGCACAUAGAGACAGUAACCCUGAAGCUGAACACGUGUGUCAAGAAUCCCAAUGAUGUGACUCAUAAAAUUGUAUUUUCUUUAAUUAUUGAAACUCUCGUGUAAAGCAACAAACUGAAUUUGUUGUU